CAAUCGGGUCUACAGCCCUCCCCCCGUCGCCGAGCAGCUGGGUGAAGCCUAAGCUGUGCAGCAGCUAGUGGUGAAGGGGGUACAGGAACAAGCCAAAGAAGACUAGGAGCCAGCGCCGUGCCGCUGUGUGCCCACCCCUCGUCUCCCGGCACCAAGGCUGCUGGAGCCCAGGGUGUGUUUUCCUUGUCCCCGCCACUUUCCAGUCCCUGGCCCAACAUGAUACUGACCAAAGCCCAGUACGACGAGAUAGCCCAGUGCCUAGUGUCUGUACCGCCUACCAGGCAGAGCCUGAGGAAGCUGAAGCAGAGGUUCCCCAGUCAAUCGCAGGCCACUCUGCUGAGCAUCUUCUCCCAGGAGUACCAGAAACAUAUUAAAAGAACACAUGCCAAACAUCAUACUUCAGAAGCGAUUGAAAGUUAUUAUCAGAGGUACCUGAAUGGAGUGGGGAGAAAUGGAACUGCCCCAGUGCUCCUGGAGCUGGCCAAUGAGGUAGACUAUGCACCCUCAUUAAUGGCUCGGAUUAUACUGGAGAGAUUUCUACAAGAGCAUGAGGAAACUCCACCCUCCAAGUCUGUUAUAAAUAGUAUGCUACGGGACCCUUCUCAGAUUCCAGAUGGAGUUCUAGCAAAUCAGGUCUAUCAGUGCAUCGUGAACGACUGCUGUUAUGGACCACUGGUGGACUGCAUCAAACAUGCCAUUGGUCAUGAGCACGAAGUCCUGCUAAGAGACAUGCUUCUGGAGAAAAACCUGUCCUUCCUAGAUGAAGAUCAGCUCCGUGCAAAGGGUUAUGACAAAACACCAGACUUUAUUUUACAAGUUCCAGUUGCUGUAGAAGGGCACAUAAUUCACUGGAUUGAAAGCAAAGCCUCAUUUGGUGAUGAAUGUAGCCACCAUGCCUACCUGCAUGACCAGUUCUGGAGCUACUGGAAUAGGCUUGUGGCUCCCCCGAUUCCUCCCAUGCUCAACUAAUGGUGCCCCAAUUUGCCCAAAUACUCAAGCCAAAAACCAGCCCAUCACCAACCUACCGGAAAAUCCUUUCAGCUCCAUCUUUGUCAUAUCUCAAAUCAUGCCUCAGUAUCACCUUCUUACCUGGCAUCACCUCACUAUCCGUCAUCACCUCUUGAACUGUUGCGGUAGCUUCCGAACUGGUCUCCAGACCUUAACCUUUACACUCCUGUGGUCCGUUUUUCAUACCCUGGCCGGAGCGACUCUUGAAAAAUACAAAUUAGAUUGUAUUGCUUCCUACUCAAAACUCCUCAGUGGCUUCCCAUCACAUUUCAAAUAAAAUCCAAACUUUCACAUGACAUUCAGAGCCCUGCAUGAUCUAGCUCUCUACCAUCCCCAGUUAUCUGCACACCUGCCUCUCUCUCUCUCUCUCCCCAACUAAGGCUCCCUCCCUCUCUUAUACUUCUGCAGCCGCACUGGCUUUCUGGGCCUUCCUAAAAUCUACACUGCUUAUUUCUACUUCAGAACUCUUACUCUGGCUAAUUCUUCUGCUUGGAGUUUUCUUCCCAUUUGGAUCUCCACAUGGUGAGCUCCUCACACCAUUCAGGUGUCUGCUCAAAUUCCCCUCCUCGGGGAUACUUUCCAUGACCACUCAAUCUAAAUGACCUCACCUCAGUCAUCUCUCCCUCCUCAUUUGGUUGGACUUUUCUUCAUAAUAUUUAUCCCUAUCUGAGUGAAAGAAUAAACAUUUAUAUAAGCAUCAAUUUGUUUGAAUAUGAGCCUUUAUUAAAGAGCUUUACCUUUUAUAUUGCUGUUGUUAAUUACUAUAUGUAGUGUGCCCCUUAUUCCUUUGUAAUCAAAGCUUCAAGAAUUUUCCCUGGCUUAAUUAACAUCAGAAAAAUUUAAAUUUUGCAAUGCCAUCAUCUUCCCUAAAGUCAAAGACAUUGAGUACAGAUAAUAAGCUGCCUUUCCUGUGAGCAGGCCCCUGUCCCGGGUAUGAACUUUGAUCAGAUAGCUCCUCAAAACUCUAUAGUCUCUACUUCCAUGGAGUUAAAGGAAAUAAAGAGUACCUCUGGGAAGCAGCAUUUGGACCAUAAUAUAGCCCCAAAUUAUAUAAGGCUAUAUAUAUGAUUGUAAAGAAAAUACAUACAUAUUUACAUAUAUGUGUAUUUAUAUAUCCCGUAUACAUAGGUCUAUAAAUACAAAUUGUAUAAAAACCAUGUUUCCUUGUGCAAUUAACACCCCAGAAGCCUUCUCAUUCUACUUCUGUAAUCAAAAACUGAGUUAUUUGACAAUUUGACCUAUAUUACUAAGUAUAUUUUCACAUCUGAUGGUGACAGUUAAAAAAAAAAAAAGAAAUUCUAUAAUCUGAGGCCAAAUUACAUACACGGGUUCUAUACAUACAUGUGGCCUUUCAGAGAAGUAGGAGCAGACACCCUGUGCUCACUUUCAGUGUUUGGAGAUAAGGUAGGUCCAUCUGAAGGAAAAUAUUAAGUGACCCUAAAGAGCAAAGCCUCACAAGCCUCUAGGCAGCACGUGCACUGUGCCCGACAACUACCGACCAAGAACGUGGAAAUCUCAGCUGCAGGUUCAGCCCUGCCAACUACCAUUCUGGGCUCAUGCUGGCCCCCAUGAGAAACCGAAGGGCACUUGGUAGAUACACCUCUUCAUUUCUCUCAGAGAGGAUUGACACUUGUGACUGGCAAGCACAAGGCCGAGUUUUGUUUCAACAUGCUUUCCCUGCUUAGUGAGCCUUGAAACAAUGGAGGGAAUCUCUCCUGUUCUUGGGUUUGAAUCCAGGCCAUGCCACUUUCCAGUCCCGUGACUAGGAACAACUUGCUUAACCUCCCUGGGUCUUCGUUUUCUCCUAUAAAAUAGUGUCAGUAAUACCCUCUUGACCAUGUGGUCAUGAAGAUCGGUUAUUUAAUACAUGUAAAGGACUUUCGAAGUGCCUGGCAGUCUACAACAGAUAUUAAUUCCUGUGUGUCUCUUUCUCCUGUGUAUCCCUGUCUGAUAGAAUUUAGAAGUCUUCUGAGUCGACACUUAUUUACCUUCUUUGCCAGAUAACUCCUCCUGGACUACUCAGCUUGGCUGACAUCUCUUUGGGAAAUCUUCCUGCAUUCCACGCUUGCAUUCGGUACCCACUCCCGUGUUCUGCUAAUAAUUUCAUAGCAUGUGUUAAAUGUUGUAAUUUCUUGUUUACAUGUCACCUUCCUCCAGUUAACAUUGAGUUUCAUCUUCUCUGUAUGUUUUAUCUGUCAUCAAAUGCCCGAAAGCUGGUGGAAUACCUGGCUGGUGGAGGUGCCAGUAGGUGAUCAGUUCUAAGGCCUCUGGUACAUGGAGUGUGGCCUAGAAAGGGAUUGGGGGGAUAUACAGCAAGUGGGGAUGUCCCCUUGGUCCUGCUGAAUCCUCACCCCAUGGGUUAGGAUACAACCAGAGGGGUCCAGAGCAGAAUCCUCUCAAGUUUUGGGCCAGGCCAUGGACCUCUCUUGAAGGGUUCUAAAUAACAGUACCAAAGGAAGCAAAUACAUGUAUCCUCCAAAGUCAUUUUUUUGUACUGGUGUUAGGAUGUGAGGGGAAAUGAGCACCAGAGGAAAUAUGGUCUUAAUCACAUUUAUGUAUCAUUGAAAAGAUUAAGAGCUGACUUCCAUAUGUCAGAAUUUUGAAACUUUGGCUCCAGAGAGUCUACUCUCCAGAGGCAAUGCUAAGCUAAUACCUUCUGCCACAAGAAUUGAUUUGACUUUAGUUCUUACCUCUAAGUAUAUUUUAAAGAUUGGUUAUUUACUCAAUGGUUUAGCAAUUGCUUUCUCUGGUCUGUGCUGCCUUGAGAGGUGAGGCACUUAGAAUGGGGCUGCCUAGCAGUGAGAGUUAAGGAAGGUAUUUUUUCAGAGGAUGGCCAAAGUUUUUCCUGCAUUAAGAUACUUCCAGGAAGCCUGCAAUUAGCCAAAUCACAGAUUUCCAGUUAUUUCAGUUCUGUUAAAAACAAGGCUGAUCACAUCUGUCUUAAGUUGGACUGUGUGCCUCAGCAAUAGAAGCUCUUGCAAACCUUCAAUUACAACAGCCUCAGAAGGCACUGCUCCAGUAUACUAACAAGUAGUCAUCAGCAGCAAGAGACAGAUUGACUCAUAAUUAGCAAAUGCACUGGAGAGGGCUUCUCUAAAGGUAAAAUAUAAUCAUUUG